UCAAUUGUCAGUAAACUGAUAAGUAAGUACCUAGUAGCACGGCUCUGCGAUACUUAUCGUUGACUUCGCAGUCGCUGCCGUAUGAAGCGUCGAGCGCGCCGAUAGCGACGAUCAUUACAUUCUGUUGGACCGAUGGUUUUUUUAACAAAACCGAUCGUAAGUACACGAGUAUAAUAAUAAAUAUACUUAUAAGAUAAAGAAAGUGAAAAAAAGGAAUUCGUUUCUUUCACUGCACAUAUCGAUAUAAUGACGACGAGUAACGAUCAUCCGCUCGAUACCGUUCUUGUUGAAGUAGGAGAAUUCGGAAAAUUUCAGUUUUUUUCGUUCACCCUCAUCUGUCUUGGAAUUGUUCUUCAUUCUGGAGUCAACGUUGCAUUUGCAUUUACCGCAAUGGAUUUGAAUUAUAGAUGCUUUAUACCCAAUUGUGAUUCUGAAACCAUACAGGAUUUCAACCCGAGUUGGUUAACAAACGUCGUCCCUUACAAGGACAGUGAUACACCCUCUAAGUGUGAAAAGUACGUGGUGGUGCAACCGUCGAAUGUAACAAACUCGAUCUCCUGUUCCGAAUUAAGUUUUAACCGCAGUCUAACAGAGACAUGUUCUUCUUAUGUUUUCGAAACCGAAGAAAAAAGUAUACUGCAAGAUUUCGAUUUGUAUUGCGAUAACAAAGUAUGGAUGCUAACUCUGGUCGGUACCAUAAACACUUUUGGAGUGUUCUUUGGAGUAUCAAUUUCAGGGGUGUUAUCUGACCGGUAUACCGUACAACAACAAAAUCGAUCUAUCCAUGGUGUAAUCAUUGCUAAAUCCGAUCGUUUUAGGUUUGGUAGAAAAAACGUCCUCGUAGCAGGCUUGGUAUUUUGUUCGAUAUGCGGCAUAAUAAGGGCUUUCGUCAAUUCCUAUCUGUUGUUUCUUCUGUUUGAAUUUUUGGAUGCUGCUUUCGGUUCUGGUGCUUAUCCCAUAAGCUUUAUUCUAGCGGUCGAACUGGUUGGACCUUCGAAAAGAGUGUUCACAGGUACACUGAUUUGUAGCAGUUUUGCUAUAGGCGAAAUUCUAACGGCUUCCGUAGCUUGGGCCGUUCAGUCAUGGAGACCUUUAAUUCUGAUUCUGUACUCUCCAAUCCUACUGACGGUAUUUUAUUAUUGGCUGAUACCGGAAUCGGUGAGAUGGUUGCUUUCUCAAAAGCGUUACGACGAUGCAAAAGCGAUCCUUCGAAAAGCGGCAACGGUAAACGGGCGCACAAUUUCCGACGAAACAUUGGAAAAGCUAUGCGAGGCGAGUGAAGCGAACAAUAGUAAUAGCAAAAACGAAAAAGUAUCGAAAAAGUUACUGUACGAAUUUUUCAAAUCGAAAACGCUCACUUUACGUCUCUUGAACUGCUGUUUUUGUUGGAUAACUUGCGCAUUUUCAUUCUACGGACUAACGCUAAAUUCCGUCAGUUUAGCGGGGAAUAGCUACGUGGAUUUUAUGCUUUCGGCAAUAGUCGAAAUUCCUGCCUAUUUAGCUGUUUACCUUCUUGUAGACAGGCUGGGGCGAAGGUUUUCCCUGUGCUCCUCGUUCUUCAUCACAGGAAUUUCUUGUUUAGGCGUAGUUUUUAUUCCGUCUAGCUUAUAUUCGCUUCAAUUACCCGUUUACUUAUUGGGUAAAUUUGGCUCUACGGCAGCUUUUGCUGUGUCUUAUGUGGUAACUAGCGAAUUAUUUCCGACUCCUUUAAGAUCUUCUCUCGUUACAACCAGCUCCAUGGUUGGACGUGUAGGAAAUGUAUUAGCUCCCCAAGCCCCACUUCUAGCUCAAAUUUGGAGCCCUCUGCCUCUUACAUUGUUUGCAGUUUUUGGUUUUGCGUCGUCAAUUACAAGUAUAUUUUUUCCGGAAACAUUGUACACCAAAUUACCAGAUACCAUACACGAAGCAGAAUUAUUAGGGAAAAAACAAAAAGCUAAUCAGUGAUUAUAACAAAUGAAAUUAAUUAAUAAAACAAUAUAUAUUUUAUAGUAAUGGUUUCUGGCCAGGGAUGUAAUCGUGUAACAUUAUCUUGUAACAUCAUAACUUAUUCUUAAGAUAUUAUCCAUAAACUUUAUCUAUAUAUCUAUGAAUGGAUUUUUUCAUGUUGUUUUUUAAUAAAUAUCUUUAAUAGUUAAA